AUGAUGAACUUGACUCGAUUCCCAUUAGGAAAGCAAUUUAACAUAUUCCAUUCAAAAAGACCCAUCAAUCGUCCUGCAUUGACUGAGUUUUAUCAUCAUCGAUCGUUUUCUCAACAAACGAUCUUACAAAAUUCGAAAUCAUCAAAUAUUAUCAAAUCAUUCGAAUCUGAUAAAGUAUCAUUUCCAUGUAUAGAUCAAAUCGAAGAAAGAUCUAAAACAUUACUCGAUCAUCAAAGAAAUAAACAAAAAGAUCAAUCGAACAGGAAUUUAUCAAAUCAAAACUUAGGAUCCAAUUUAAAUCAACAAUCUAGUUCUUCUUCCAUAGGUCCAGAACCAAUUUAUUCAAACUUAUCAUCUUCUUCUUCAAAAUCAGAUUACAAAACAUUUAAUUAUACUAAGACAUUCGAAUUAGAUUACGGACAAAGUUUACCCGAGUUUACCUUAACAUAUGAAACAUGGGGAAAUUUAUCAAAAUCAAAAGAUAAUGUGAUCUUACUACACACAGGUUUAUCGGCCAACAGUCAUGCUAAAAGUCAUCCAUCAAAUCCAAAAUCAAUAGGUUGGUGGGAAAACUUUAUAGGUUAUGGAUCAAAGUAUCCUAUAGAUUUAAACAAAUAUUAUUUAAUAUGUGUAAAUGUAUUAGGAUCUUGUUUUGGUUCGACAGGUCCUUCUUCAAUCAAUCCUAAAACCAAGUCAGCUUAUGCUACUAAUUUUCCUAUUAUUACUAUCUUUGAUAUCGUUAGAACUCAAUUUAAAUUAUUGGAUGAGUUGGGUAUCGAAAAGGUUUUUGCUAGUGUAGGUAGUAGUAUGGGUGGUAUGCAAUCUAUUGCUGCUACUUGGUUGUUUCCUGAAAGGGUUGGAAAAUUGAUUUCGAUUAGUGGGUGUGGUAGGAGUGCUCCUUCUAGUAUUGCUUUAAGAUAUGCUCAAAGAUCUGUUUUAAUGUCUGAUCCGAAUUGGAACAGAGGAUUUUAUUAUGAUAAGAUUCCACCACAUGUAGGAAUGAAAUUAGCAAGACAAAUUGCAACCAUCACAUAUAGAUCAGGUCCAGAAUGGGAACAAAGAUUUGGUAGAAAACGUCAAGAUUUAAAACCUCCUAAUCAAUCACCACAGAAACAACAAAAAGUAAAAGGAUUGAAUCCACCUGUACUUUGUCCUGACUUUUUAAUUGAAAAGUAUUUAGAUCAUCAAGGUGAACAAUUCUGUUUAAAAUAUGAUGCAAAUAGUCUAAUUUACCUUUCGAAAGCAAUGGAUUUGUUUGAUAUGACCACAGAAGGAAUAAAAGAACUAACAACUUUCAGAAACCAACAAGAUUUACCACCGUUAAUCCCAGAACCAACACUGAACACGACAAAUCCAAAUCCAAAUCCGUCUCCAAUUACAACUACAACUACGACUACAAAAUACAAAUCAUAUGUUUCUUCACUUCCAAUAAACCAUCUAAACAUAGUCAAUUCCUUAUCAAAUACAUUCCAAAAAUUAAAUUCACAUCCGAUCUUGAUCUUAGGCAUCCAAUCUGAUUUAUUAUUUCCAAUUAAUCAACAACGUGAAUUAGCUGAAUCUUUUAGAUUGAUUGGAAAUCAAAAUGUAAGUUAUUAUGAAUUAGAUUCACCUUUUGGUCAUGAUACUUUUUUGAUCGAUCUUACUGGUGUAGGUGGUGCUAUUCGUGGAUUCCUUUCUUGA